UUCAGCGACGCCCCCGCCGGCGCCGGCGCCUGCCGGGCCCUCAGGGAGGCGGGGGGGAGCCGCGGAGGAGGCGGCGCCAUCGCGAAGCCCGCGCCCCGCCCGCACGCUCACACCCCCACCUCCCGCCUGCAGUCGGGGCCCGGGCUGGGCGGCGUCUGCGGAGGCUCCGUCGGCCUGGCCCAAUCGGCCCGAGCCCGCGCUGACACCCGGGCAGCAGCGGCGCGGAAAGGUGGAGGCGGCGGGCCGGGAAGCCGUAGCCGGGACAGCGAACCGCCAUGGAGACCCGCUACAACCUCAAGAGUCCGGAAUAGCCCGAACAGUCCUAGCUUCAAGUUCUUUUCCCGUGCCGUGUAAAGAUGCAAGAAAAGUCAGCAGCUCUCUCAUAUUAAGGCAGGCUGGAAAUGAAUCACUAGGGCCUCUGUUAAGCGUUUAAUGAAAGAAGCGGCAGAAUUGAAAGAUCCAACAGAUCAUUACCAUGCACAGCCAUUAGAGGAUAACCUUUUUGAAUGGCACUUCACAGUUAGAGGACCCCCAGAUUCUGAUUUUGAUGGAGGAGUUUAUCAUGGACGAAUAGUACUGCCCCCAGAAUAUCCCAUGAAACCACCAAGCAUUAUUCUUUUAACGGCUAAUGGACGAUUUGAAGUAGGCAAGAAAAUCUGUUUGAGCAUCUCAGGACAUCAUCCUGAAACUUGGCAGCCUUCAUGGAGUAUAAGAACAGCAUUACUAGCCAUCAUUGGGUUUAUGCCAACAAAAGGAGAGGGAGCCAUAGGUUCUCUAGAUUAUACACCAGAGGAAAGAAGAGCACUUGCCAAAAAAUCACAAGAUUUCUGUUGUGAGGGAUGUGGCUGUGCCAUGAAGGAUGUCCUGUUGCCCCUAAAAUCUGGAAGUGAUUCAAGCCAAGCUGACCAAGAAGCCAAGGAACUAGCUAGACAAAUCAGUUUUAAGGCAGAAGUCAAUUCAUCUGGAAAGACUAUUGCUGACCCGGACUUAAACCACUCUUUUUCACUAAAUGAUUUACAGGAUGAUAUACCUACAACAUUCCAGGGUGCUACAGCCAGUACCUCGUAUGGAGCCCAGAACCCCUCAGCAGCAUCUCUUCAACAACCUGCUCAGCCUGUAGUUAAGAAUACCUCCAUGAGCCCUCGACAACGCCGAGCCCAGCAGCAGAGUCAAAGAAGUUCGUCUACUUCCCCAGAUGUGAUCCAAGGCCAGCAGCCAAGAGACAACCACACCGAUCAUGGCGGAUCCGCGGUUCUGAUUGUCAUCUUGACUUUGGCAUUGGCAGCUCUUAUAUUCCGACGAAUAUAUCUGGCCAAUGAGUACAUAUUUGACUUUGAGUUAUAAUAUUGUUUUGUGUCUUAAGAGCUGUGACUCAACUGCUUCAUUAAACAUUCUGCAUUGGGUAUAAUCUAAGAAUUGUUUACAAAAAGAUUAUUUUGUAUUUACCCUUCAUUCCUUUUUUGAUCCUUAUAAAUUCAGUAUAGAUAUAGCUAGACUUUCAGACUAUGUCUGCUUAGUUUAAGGGACUGGAAGUCAAAGUCCCUUGUCUCACCAUAUGAUCUGCUUUACAGAGAAAUAACUUAUUGUUGUUUCUCAUGCCUCAGCUUCUUUUUAUGUGAAUUUGUGAUACUUUUCUGUAUGACUCUUUUUGAAAUUUUUGGAUUAAAGAAGGUGUUUUAAGUUUCAGUGAGUAUUACUGGUUACUCAAUACCAUUUAUUGAGUACUCUGUUUCUACUUAUGUAGAAUGAUAUAGGGAUAAGAGUUGGAAAGGGAAAGUAGGGCUCUUCAAAUAGCUUGAUGAGAAUGUCAUUCAUAGGAGAUAUACCGGGAUGCCCAUUCUGUGACUUUGUGUCCUAAAUGUCAUUCAGUGAAAGUAACUAUUUCAGUCAAACAUUUAUGAGGAAAUGAGAUCUUUGUUAUUGGAUGUUAUUUGGAGGGAAUAAUGCUUUGUAACCACUUUGAUAUGCUGUUAUCCCCUUCUCUCCCAAAUGCACACAAGAUUUACAAAGAAAGGAAACGGUCCUCCACAGAUCUUUUUUUAAGGAAAGAAGGGUCCAAGCCAGGAAAUCACUUGGUUUCCUUCCAGAAGUCAAAUGGAAGGAUCUUCAGAUUUUAAUGUUUGCUCUGCUUUGAACUGUAUCUCUUUUGGAGGCAUUAUAUGCCUAGCUUUGUAAUCACUAUAAAUUUAAUUAUUCUAGGAAUAUGUAUAAUGUUGAAAUAUUUCAUGUACCAUUUUAAUAGAAAAGCUCAGGGCCCAAGUAAAAGUGAUAGAAAUUAGAAAAACCUUUCCUUAGAAUUGUCCACCUAAUCAGAGCCCAAGAAAUAAUUUUCAGUGCAAAAUCAGUAUAUAAGUUAAUGCAAGCUAGCUCCAUGGAUUCUGGCAGAUAAUUUUAUCAUCAUAAUGCCUGGUGAGAACAUAUAUAAUCACAGAAAAAAUUGCCUUCAGCACAUUCAGUAUGGCAUUGAGGGCCCUCUUGAGAGUAUUUGUUAAUGAAGAUUUAAUUUUUAAAUACAGGCAGUCCCCUGCUUUCAAAUAGGUUAUAUUCUAAAAGAGCAUUUGUGAGUUAUUUAUUUUGUUUUGUUUACAACUCAGUGUUGUAAAUGGUGUUCAGGUUCUAGACAAGUCCAAAAAGUCCAUAAUGUAUCUUGAAUACUUUGGGGGAUGGUGUUCAUAAAGUCCUUAAUGUAGUUUUAACUAACUGAAAUUACAGACAAGAUAGAAACAAUUUGUAAAAUGGUAUUAAAGGCAAAUUUAAUUUUACUGCUGCAAUGGGCUUUUGUUCUGUUAAUUAUCAGACACAAUUUCUAUUUUCAUCUUAUAGCCAUUUUUCCUUUAUGUCCACAUCUAAAGUGAGAACAUACUGUAUACUAUUAUAUAAUACAGAAUUGUCUUAAACUUGAAUAAAUUAGCAUUUUAAAAGUGUUUACAGAUUGUUUCUGUUAUAUCUAUAGCCAAAGUUGGUAAAGUCUUAAAAAGCUCAAGGACUUUAUGAGGACCUCCUCUGUCAGGAAGAUUAUAGGUGACAUAUUUUAUAACUUUAUUGCCAUGAGAAAGCACGUUCUGAAGUCUUUGUUUGGAACACAAAAUAUUAUAGAUACUGGUUCAGUGGUCUCCUAGCAAGAGGUCACUGACCCACCUGGGAAGACUAGAUAAUGUUACCACCGGAGAAGAAGCAAGUCUCCCUGCUCUCAGCCUAUGCUGAGAUUAAUCGUGUGCUAGGAACAAUCUUCCCUCCACUUCCUCCCAGUCAAACCUGAGCCGGCCUCUGGAUCUGUGUGAUCUUGUUACAUGUUUCCAUGGGGUGUACCAAUACUUUUAAGAUUGAUUAAGCCAAGAAGAUUUUGCACUGUGCAGGUCCUUCUCUAUCUGAUUUGCUUCUCUUCCCUACCUUGUCAACUGACAGGCCACCUUCUUGUUUGUGUUGGCAUUUUUUAAACGCCUGAUAGUACAUCUCUGAAAGUGGCAUAUUCUUUGUUCUUUCCCUUUCGGCUCACAGAUGCUACCUAAAAAUCCUUAAGUUGUCAGUCGGAUCCCCAUCAUAGAGCCGAUGAGCAAAAUCAAUCUUUGGGGCUAUUCUUACUCGAAUGCCACCUGAAGAGACUUCAGAAAACUUAUUUUUAAAGCCCCGGUUUAUCCCUUUAAUUAGAGUAUAAGGACAAAACCAGGUGUGUGAUCUGGUUAGUAAAGGCUUAGGACUCCUUCCCCUAGUCCUCAGAUUUAAGUUAAUUCAUGGCUUUUUCUUUGACCAACAAAGCAUAUGAGUACAUAUCAAGGUAGUUAAAAUAGCAUGCUCGAAAAAACAAUGUCUCUUUCACCUGUAACUGUUUUAGCCAAUGAAAGCUUUCAAAUUUUAUGUAUUGUGGGGCUUAUAUGUAGCACUUUACAUUUUCAUGCUGCUUAUUGUUUUAUUCUACUGAAAUAAAAGAAUUUCAUCAAAAUUCUCAAUGAAUUUUUUAAAAAGCCUUUAAAAUUGUUUAUCAUUUUGACUAUAGCAAUAUAUUUCCUAUUUCAGGAGAAUAAGAAAUCUUCUUGUUAUUUUUGGCUAUGAAUAAACCUGGUAUCUUGAGACCUCCCAUUUUUAUAGACCACAAUCUGUAAACAGGCAAACCUCACACAUUUGGACUUACUUGAGCAGAAUUCUAAGCUGAAGUACUGAAAAGCCUGUACUGUUGCAUUAUUUGCAAGUAAGUAUAUGAUAAGUGACUGCAUUUAGUGAACCUGACUCUUGAAGACUAAUGUGUGCAUUAACAUGGGUGCUGUUUAAGCCUUGUGGGAGGCUGUACAUUGCUCAGAAGCUGUUUGGAACACCUCUUGAACAGUUGCCUUCAGACCUAGUUUGAGCUGCUCAAUAAAACCAGUGACUUUAUUCAUA